CUGGCUUCUCUAUUUUCAUACUGUUUCGAGGGUGGCCAGAGUGCUAAAACGUUUGACUCACCUGCUAAAAUCUUUCUUCUGUCUGUUCCCACGAGAUGUUUUCUGGGAUCCCAGCACUCUAAUGUGCAACAGCUGUGUUUUCUGUGUAUAACUGCAGGCAGUCUGAUGGAGACGCGCUGUAUGAGUUGCGGUCAUGUGUCAGUGAACAAGAGAAGCCCCAUAUGUGCUCCCUUAAAAAACAAAGGUGACCCUGGCCCAGAUGUUCCUGAUGCCCAGAUUCCUGUGGAUAAGCUGCCAAGGUGUGAAGAAAGAGAGUGUAAUGGUCUGCUGAGGCCCAAUGUGGUGUUUUUUGGGGAGACGCUGGACUCUCACAUUCUUACCAAGGUGGAAAAAGAAAUUGAAACCUGUGAUCUUUGUCUCGUGGUGGGAACAUCUUCUAUUGUUUACCCAGCAGCCAUGUUUGGCCCUCGUAUUGCAUCCAGAGGUGUUCCAGUGGCGGAGUUUAAUAUAAAUACAACACCGAAAUCAGAAUAUUUCAUGUACCAUUUCCAGGGUCCAUGUGGAACUACACUGCCUCAAGCUUUGGCACAACAUGAGUCAGAGGUGUUUUAAAAAAAAAAACACCAGGCUGACUUUUUCAACAUUAGUUAGAUUUAAAAAAACAAAACAAAAUCUACAAGCCAGUGCAGCCCAGAGAUUUCUUAGCAAUACUCCAAAUCUCUUCAAAUCAGUGUAGCUGUUAAUGCGCUUGGUGGAGGUAUUUUGUAAAUCAUUAAGCUUCUUGACAAUUUUUGAGAUGAAUUUCUUAAUACUUGAAAAUGUAGCUCACUAACUGGAAUCAGAUCAUGAUUUUUUUUUAUGUUACAUGAUAUUGUGUUAACUAUGCAGCUUAACAAAGGAAAGGGAGGACAUGCAUGUAAAAUCAAAACAAAAGUCAGACAUCAAAGGUAUUCUUUCAUAAUAGAUGUUAAUGAGAAGAUCAUUAAAUGUUAGCACUAUUGUUCUCUAAAAUGAAGCUGUAGAUCAACAUAUUACUUCUGGUAGAGUGUUCCACUUUUCUCUUUCUGCCGCAUGAAGAGAUGUACAAAUCAUAAUAUAAUCUAGUGCCUUUUCAGACUGUUUACACAACCUUGACCAAAUGCUUGCUUUAAGUUUCAAGUGCAAAUCUUUCAAUGUUACAAAGAUUUAUUCCAGUGUA